CCAGGGAUUUUGCGUGGAAUCAAAAGCCUCUUCUUCCGCAUCAUCUUCUAGGUCUCCUCCUACCGCUCUUCUCUUCUUCGGCAAAUUUCUUGAUCUCCUCCUCCGUGGAUGCAGGUUUUUCUCUUCUCCAACUUCCCUCCAUCGUCCUCAAGCCUUCACAAUUGUGAUGGCAGUGUUGUUGAUAAUGGUAUAGAGCAGUGAUAUCAUCGAUGGUGACGAUGAAAAAUCAAAGGCGUCAAUGGUAGGUUUCGUUAGUAGCGGUACGGCAGAGCAGAGGACGGAGGUGGUGGAGAUUCAAGUGAUAGUGGCAGGUAUGUGGCAGCGACGAUGGCGGUGGUGGGCAUCAUCGUCGGCGACGAUUGCGGCAGUGGGCGUCGCUGUUAGUAGCAUGCUGUUGUGAAAUUGGCCGAAUUUUUUUAGUUUUGAACUUGGCCACCACUGAUGGGACUAACUUAAUUUAUCAUUAUCGGAGUCUUAAUCAUCCCUUCAGAAAUUUUUUUAUGACUCUGGUGAAGAUAUGUGCAAGAUCCAGGUAAUGCAUUACAAUACGAAAAUGAUGCAUUCUCAUAAUCAAGCCAUCAAAUUGGUGCUUUCAUUGAGAGCUGAGGAACAUACUCGUAGGUUAAUUCCCGGAAGCGAGAAUGGUGCAAACAAGGAGCAACGUCCCUACCACCAGCCACGUCGGCGGCGAGGAGAACGCCCCGGGCAACGGCAACGGCACGGGUGGCAUCGGUUCGACUCCGGACGCGGUCCAGGCGCUGGCUUGGGGGUGACCACGGAGCAGCUUCAGGCGGCCGUUGCGGCACAUUCCGCCAUGGGUGGAAACGUGCCCGGCGCCGGAGCUGGAAAAGCUCCGCCCGGUCCCCACGCCGAACACGCUGCCACUUCCCAGCACAAGGAGAAGAAGACCCAGAGGAGUAGAAGGAGGCCCGGCAAAGCCCAGGUGUUCGAGGAGGUGAUAGUGGAGGACGUUCUCGAAGGGGAAGACGAUGAGUCCAGCGAGUGCCGAGUGUCGGCCUUCAAGCGCGUAGGAGGUGAAGAGACCCGGAUAUCGACCUUCGAUAGGCUCGACCGCGGACCGGAAGACCACCCGGGCGACCUCUGCCGACAAAUAUCCCAAGGCAGGCGAAGGCAUGCUGAGGAGUCCGCGACAUCGGAUGCUCGCUCGGCGAGGCCUGAGCGGAGCGGAGAAAGGCGGGACGAGCGCACCCAACGUCGCCAUAGUCCAACAAGAACUGAAAAGACAAAGGCCUCGGACCAAGGGGUAUCUCGGCUCGCUCGUGAGAUUGCCGAGCUCAAGCGCCGAGUGGAGACAAGGGCUCCCUACAGCCAGCCCAUAUUGCGAACGAUCAAGGCCUACAAUGGAACGACGGACCCCCAAGAUCAUUUGUCUAAGUUCUACGCUUCCAUGGAAGCGACGGCAGCCCCAGACGAGGUAAAGUGCCGAUGCUUUCUCGCGACGCUAGAGGGCUCCGCGUGCGAUUGGUUCAACCGGCUCCCGAAGGGAACCAUUGACGAUUGGGAUACGCUAGCGGAGAAGUUCUUGACGCAUUUCGCGGCCAACCAAAGGCAGAGGCUACCUUACUCCCACCUGCUCAACAUAUGCAUCUGCAAGGGAGAGAAGGUCCGCGACUUCAUAGUCCGGUGGGAGAAGGAGGCUAAAUACGUGCACGGGGCGGAUGACCAAGCUUUGGUGGCCAUGUUCCAAGCAGCUCUUCCCCGCGGAGAGGUGAGGAAGGAGCUCCGCAAGAAUCCUCCCCCCACGUACCAAGAAACCUUGGCACGCGCUAAGUUCAUGGCCUCGGAGGAGUUUGACGACGCCCCAGACUCCGAGGCCGCGCCAGCUCAGCGUGCUCCAGCGGACUUGAGUGAGACCGCGAAAAAGAGGAAGAAGAAGAAAGACUACAUCGCGGGCCCGAGGACGCCCUCGGCCGGAGUGUAUUCCGUGGGCGCCCCCUGGGGAUGGAAGGAAAUGCAGCGGCUCAUCGCCCGAGGGCCGGCUCCGCGAGACGAUGGAGCAGCCCCUUCCCGGGGUCCGCCGGAAGGGAGAACGUGGAGGAAGCCGACUGAGCCGGUCGCAGUGGCGACGCAGGCAAGGAACCCUGAGAAGAGGCACAUCGGGCGGGAGUGCGACGAUCUAGACGAAGACGAAGCCCAAGGAUAUCCGGUGGGAUUUAUCCAUGGGGGAAACAUUGGCGGGGACUCUGUCGCUCAAAGGAAGAGGUGGAAGCACAUGGCCUUCGUCGCCAAAAUAGAGAUCAACGACGCCAUAGUGCACCGUACCUUGGUGGACACGGGAAGCUCAGUCAAUAUAAUGUAUGAGAAAACAUUCCAAGACCUCGGCUUGAACCGCAAGGACUUAAAGCCUAUGUGCACUCCUCUCUCCAAAUUCACGGGGGACUCCAUCGAGGCCGAGGGAGUCAUCGCCGUGCCCGUGAUAGUCGGGGAUGGUGCGCACAAGGCCAAGUUGAAGAUGGAGUUCAUGGUUGUAAGCAUCAAUUGCACGCACAACAUGAUCCUAGGACGGCCCGGCCUUGAGGACUUGGAAUGUGUGAUCUCCCCGCACUACUUAUGCAUGAAGUUCCCCACUCCGUCCGGGAUCGGGGUGGCGAGGGGAGACCAGAAGUUAGCUCGGUCAUGCUACGUCCAAAUCACGAAGAAGUUGCCGAGGGAUGAAAUGCUGGUCGUGCACGCGCAGGAGGAAAUGCGCAAGUUGGAAGCACGACCAAAGGCCGAGCCCGCUGAGGAAGUCGAGGAAGUGCCGCUCGACCCGCGGGUGCCUGAGCGGAAGGUUAAGGUUGGGGUGAGCCUAACAGGGAGCUAGCGGAAACGCUUGGUGGACGUGCUCGCCGCCUACCGCACAAUCUUUGCAUGGGGACCCGGGGAUAUGCCGGGGGUGGACCCCAAGAUCAUAUGUCACCGCUUGGCAGUCAAUUCGGAGUCUAGGCCGGUGAAACAGAAGAAGCGAUUC